AUGGCUGAGAGCUUUAAUGCUUGGAUCUUGCCUGCAAGACACAAGACCAUCAUAACCAUGCUAGAAGAGAUUAGGAUGAAGGUAAUGACUAGGAUAAGCGUGAUGAGGUCUUUUGCAAACACUUGGGUCACAAGAAUAUCUCCAAUGGCAUUAAGGACAUUAGAAGAAAACAUGGGGAAGUCAAUGAACGUAAUAUUGUGUUUAAUGGUGAGCAUGGGUUUGAGAUUCUUGAUGGUCCAUAUCAAAGACACUGUUGAUAUUGUCAAUGAGAAAUGUAGUUGUAGGUCAUGGCAGCUCAAAGGAAUACCAUGUCCACAUGCCAUUUGUGCCAUGUUGUACAAGAAGUAUGAACCUAUUGACUAUGUCCAUGAAUACUAUAGCAAGAAGAACUGGUUCAAAACCUAUUGUCACUACAUUCAACUAAUGACAAAUAUGGCAAUGUGGCCUAGGUCUGCUAAUCCUGCUAUUGCACCACCAAUCAUCAGAAAAAUGCCAGGCAGGCCCUCAAAAGCAAGAAGGAAAGAGGCCAGUGAAACAAAGAAAUCUGGAAAAAUGCCAAGAACAGGCAUGCUGAUGACUUGCAGCCAAUGUGGAGUGGAACAUGGGUCGCUUUCUUUCGCUUCUCAAACAUUUGAUGCUUCUCAAACCAAUGAUGCCUCUCAAACUAAUGAUGCCUCUCAAACCUUUGUUGCUUCUCAAACCAAUGCCGCUUCUCAAAUAACUGCUGCUUCAAACAAUGUCCCAAGGCCAACGGGGAGACCAAGAAAAGCACCUGUGGUACCUGAAACUCCUCCAAGACCAAAGGGUAGGCCAAGAAAAGAUCCUAAUGUGCCUAGUGCUCCUCCAAGACCAAGGGGAAGGCCAAGAAAAGAACCUGCAGUUGCUACUCCAAAGCCUAGAGGAAGGCCAAGAAAAGAACCUGCAGUUGCUACUCUAAAGCCUAGAGGAAGGCCAAGAAAGGUAACAGAGGUUGUUGCUAGUCCUGCCCCUGCUGUUCUCAAAAGAGUUGAUUCUGAGGGUCCCCCUUCUUACCCAAAUAAAAGAUCUAAAACAGUUGGUAUGGGAGUCUUUGUUGCUGAAAGUGGUUAUACAUCCCUGAAUCAUGGCAUGCCUACUAGUAGAGUGCUGAAUUUUGGUGGUAAACAUCAAGCAAGUCAGCCUAUAAGAUCUGCUGAAGUCACAGGAGACCUUGGUCACAAGGCACGGCAAGGGAUGAGGUACAAAGGCAAACCAUGCUACUCAAGAAGCAUGCUUGAUGAGAUUAGAAGGGACAAACUCAACAAGGCCACUAGCAGCAAAGGAAAGAGGCCAUGGAAGUGAUGACCAUUAUUUAGAUGACUAGAAUUAAGUUGUUUUUGGAUAUUAAACACUUUGUAUGAAUUCGGCAGUUUGGAAGACUUGAAUUAGCAGUUACAAUGACUUA